AUACUCAUUGCAAGCCUUUGCAAGAACAUGCGGAUUCACCGGAUUUGCAAAGAAUGGGCGUGUUCUUCUGUUGCAUAGCAACAAUAAAUAAAUGGCAGAACUGUACGCUUGUGGAUCCAAAGUCAAAAUCCCACUACUUGGACUAACGGCCUCUCUCCCUACUAAUAUCAAGAAAGAGAGGCGAGACAAGGGGAGAGAAUGUGUCCAGAAAGGCUGGUCUGUCUUUAAUAUCCCAAGAAGAAAGAAUCUGGUGACUGAAUUAAGCAACAGCUUGAGGUUCGAGGACUCUGUGGUAUCUACACAUUGUCCCGAGGCCAGGACUUAUGCAGAAUCACUAGGAGACUUGCCUUUACUGUGUCAUCCUCUCAGAACGAGAUCAUUUGAUGCAACACUGCUCCGUUCCCAAUCACGUGACUUUAGGCAGAGAUCACGUGAUCAGGGUCGCUGUGGGAUGAGAGGAGAUGGCAAUAAGCACAUGCCGUGUCACCUUAACACUGACGCUGAUAGUAUCACUAGACGCACUCGUCCGUCUUCUCUUGGAGAGUCCCAUCAAGCAGAACCUGUUUAUAAAACCAGUCAGGGGAACUCUAAGGUACCUCAUGAAUCUUCGGUCGAGAAGUGGGAGGAGCUUGUUCUUGGAGGUGUGUCAAAAUUGACGGCAGCUAAUUUGAUAAAGAGAAAAAGUAAAAGAGGAGGAGAGAAGGACGAUGAUAAUAAUGAAAUAAAAGAAAAUGAAAAUAAGAUAGCAGAGAAAGGGAAUGAUGCAAAUGUAUUAAAAGUUCUUGAAUAUGUUCCUCCUAGACGUAGCUAUCUUGCUGAGCUGGCAUCAGGAGCAGUACCAGUUCAUGUUAAAGGUGUCAACGACACCAUACUACUGAGCAACAAAACUGCUUUCAGGAAGGUCCUGCAGGCACACUAUCCCAAGGAUCCUUCAGAGUUCUUAGGAGAUACUAACGAAGAGGAGUAUACCCUUUAUAACCAGUCAAGGAAACCUGUUUUUGGCUAUAGGAGAUGGGCAGGAUUACCAAUACAAAUAUGUACAUCAGGCAAAGCUCAGUGGUUAAUGGCUGAUGCUACAUCCAGCACUGAUUCUCUGCCACAAUUUAACGAUACUAAAGAGCCAGGGAAUUUCGAAGACGUUCCUGAAACAAAUUCCAAGAGACUAGUAAGAGUUGCUCAAGAGUUAUUAGAUAAAUGGAGUGUCCAAACUCAAAAACAAGAUCACACUAAUGAAUUUAUUGGCUCAUCACUGAACGCAGUCAGCUCCAAUACUCAGGCCUAUGGACUGGGCGUGGCCAUUCAAUUAAUUAUUAAUAAACUGAUGCGGCUGUACAAGAAAGAAUCGUCAAUCAUAAUGACAUCAAGGAAGAGAAGAGAUGAUGAAGAUGGGAGUAAAGAUCUUCUCCCUGAGUCUAUAUUAGCACAAGUGUAUCGAUUAUUAGAGAGUGACGUGGUGAGAGUGAGAGUAUUGUGUGCCAUUAUACUGCUCUGCUGUUUGGAUGAGCCAUUAUUCAACAACAAUAAUAAUAAUAGCAGCAACGAUGAUGAUGAUGAUCCUAGGAUUGAAAAGUCUCUGAGUGUCCUUCAUUCUUGUGCUGAGUCUUGUAGUAUCACAAGUGCCGAGCACUGGGCUGCCAUACAAUCGCUAGCCAUUAGUGGAGUGUCCAGUCAUCAUGUGGUCAAGGGACUACUAGCAGCUGCCAACUCAGACUCGUCCGACAUCGUACAGGCCAGCACCAUAUUGCUGUCUGAAUUAAGUAGAAAUACUAAUUUAGUGAAUGCUAUACUCCUGGAGCAGCUGAACAGCAAAAGUUGCAAGGACAGAUACACGACUUGUAAACUGUUGCCAGAACUGUAUGGAGGAAUAAAUAAAGACGUGUGUAAUCGUCUUGUUACUAUCUCAUGGAAUGACUGGAGCAGUGAUGUUAGGGUAGCUGCAGCUCAGGCAUUAGGCAGAACUGGACAAGCUAAAUUAAUUCAUGAUGAAAUUGAAAGGAGGUUGAGAAUAAAAACUGAAAGCAUCAGACUUGAUGCAUUAAAGAAGCUUCAAACUCUACAGCUAAUGACAGCUAGGUUGAUGCCAGCAUUCAUUGAUACAUUUACUGAUGACCACAUCUCAGUCAAACUGCAGGCUAUUUCUGUAGCUGAGGCAUUAAUGUUGAUCGAUGAUGAUGUUAUUAAAUCACUUGCCACGCUAAUGGAGGACACGUCAUGGAAAGUAAAAGCACAUGCAAUAAGAGCUAUAGGGACUCUAAAAGUGAAUAGACCUGAUCUGUUGUCUCAUCUCCUCUGGGCAGUGAGGUUUGAGAGACUCCCUCAAGUAAGAGCCGAGUCAUGCAAUGCUCUGAGACUGUUAGGAGUUAAGAAUGAUAAAGUAUCCGGAGCAUUGAGAGAUAUAUUGAUUGUUGAAGACAAUGAACUAGUUAUCAAUGAAGCUAAGAGAGCUCUGGUACACUUGGGGUAUGCUCCAGUUGCUGAAGAUACAAUGGCUGACUCAGUAUGUGCUGAAGUGAAGAGGCUAGGCUCACAGUCGGCCAUCACUCAAGAGAUACUCUCACUCCAAGAGAAUGAGAUGGUACAGUACAUACUACAGAGACCCAGAGGAUCUCUAAGCACCAGGGAUUACUUUAACAAAGAAAUAAGACAUAAGUAUUUCCUGACAAGACGGAUACACACAGGAGGAGGAGGAGGUCCUAAGCCUUCAUCACCUCCGGUGGCCCUAUCAUCAGAUAGAACCAAGACUUGGUCGCCUGAUGUGAAGUGUAUCGACGAGAAAUUAAAUACGAUAAAGAAAAAGUGUCAAUUAGACCCAGGACAUAUUCUAAUAAAGUCAAAGAAAUAAUAAUAAUAAUAAUAAUAAUAAUAAAUAAAUAAAUAAUAUUUAAUACAUAGAAGCUUGAGUGGCACGUCAAAGAAAUCAAUGUGAAAUACUUUGCUG